AGCCUUUUGUCAUCAUGUCCAGUGGAUCGGUGUCCGAGCCGCCCGCCUGCUGUGCCACAUGGCAGCGCACGGCGCUGAUGAUCGCGGCGCGCCACGGCCAAGAUGACGUGGUGGCGCGCGCCUUGGAGACCUCUUGCUCGCAGCCGCAGCUGGACGUGGUGGAUGAGCAGGGCAACACCGCGCUGAUGAUCGCCGCACGGGAGGGCCACCAGAAGGUGGUGGAGGCCCUGGUGAAGGCCGGGGCGGACCUGGCGGUGCGGAACGGCCAGGGCCGCUCCGCCGCGGAGCUGGCCGCCACGGAGGAGAUCCGGGCGGUGAUCCGCAAGGGGGAGGCGCAGGCGGAGGCCAUCCUCAGAACCAUCCUGGCCAUGGGCAAGGAGGAGUCUGCAGCUGCCAGCCUUCCGACAGGCGACUUCCAGAUCCCCAAGGAGCUACUGGCCAUGGCGGGGGGAAUGGACAUGCCCAGCUUCGCCAAGGAGAGCCCCUACUGAGCGAGAGCUGAGCGCCCGCGAGCCCGCGAGCGAGCGGCGUUUCGGGCGUCUCGUGUUUCGGGGCCCGCGCGGUGAAGACCCCUGGCCUGCUAAGGCCUUCGCGCUUUUCCAGGGGGUAUGUCAGAUGGUACGUAGUAAGUGGGU